GCCCAUGUCGCGGCAUGGUGUCGAGGUCGUCGCUCUGUGUGGUCCCGAACUGCGACCCCAAGUCCCGGCUAGGCCCAUCUAUCAGGAACUGUCACCAGUAAACACACCUUUGUUUGCCCGUCCUCAGGAAGCUCUCCGGCUCGACAGUAUUCAAAAUGGUCGGCGUUAUUCGGCGUCUCAAUGUCGUCAGGGAACUCCUGAACAUCCGCGCCGGGCCGGGGGCUGCCCUCCUCCCCAAGGAGGUCACCAAGGUGCACAUGCAGUUCGCUCACAGGCUGGAGGGUGGUCACAUGGGUCCUAGGAAGUUCUGGAGAGAGAACCUCCCAAAGCUCAAGUACUGGAAUCCCGCGGUCCCCAUGGUGAUCAACAGGACAACCGACCAGAAGGGUCCCGCCGUCAUGACCAUUUACUUCCGCGACGGCAAGGAUGCUACGCCCUCUUCGACCCCAUUCCCCACGUCCUCUGCCGAAGGUUCAUCUCCAGCCCCUAAGCCUGCCCAGGGCGAGAGGAUAGUCACCAUCGAUAUGAAGAACCGCAACUCGUCCGUUAUUCUUCAGGAAUUUCUGGCCAAGACUGGUGCCGUCACACUUGAGCCGACGGCCAAGGACCAGGAGGAGUUCCGCGAGUUCGAGGACCUUCACAGGAGGUCCGAGAUUGACCGCGAGCGCAUCAAGAAGUUGAACGAUGCGAAGAAGAGAGAGAAGGCCAUGCUGGCCAAGGCCAUGAGCGACGCCCAGUCCAUCAAGGCUGCUUCCGCAUAAACCAUGCGCUAGCCACCACCGUAUCUAGGGAAAAAGGAAGGGACAGCGUUUGGUUUGUGUAUAUCAUGUGUACAAGUAUUAUGGGAAAUUCAUGUCAGAUACCACCAAGCAGGAGCAUUUGGGGAACC